ACUGAAAUCAGAAUCCUGAGUCCAGAAGAAGAGUUGGCUUACGGACAAUUCCAUUGAUGCAUUUAGUAGCGUUCAGUAGAUAAAGUGCGUUUCAGAGUUUAUUUUCGAACACAUUUGGUCAUUUAUUCGUGAAGACAGCAUCUGAGGUGUCCGGAGAUGGGAAGAAGCAGGAGUCGAACUCCUCCAAGACGAGAUAGGAGGCGGUCUCGAACUACCUCACGGGAACGUGAACGAAGACGAAGGGACAGAGACCGCUCCCACUCUCGAGACAGAGACCGGGACCGAGACCGCCGCAGAACUCGCUCUCGCUCUCCCCAUAGGAGGCGUUCAAGAACUCCUCCCAGACGACAACAACGCUCCUCCUCUAUCUCUCCUUCACGACAGAAACUGGAAGAUGAACGCAAAGAUUCAAAGGCAAAGUCUGCAAAGCCCAUUCAGAUCUCAGCGGAGGACAUGCAGGGUAAGACAGAGGAAGAAAUUGAAAUGAUGAAGCUGAUGGGAUUUUCUACAUUCGAUUCAACAAAGGGGAAGAAAACUGAUGGAUCUGUCAAUGCGCAUGCUGUUAACAUUACUUUGAAAAGAAAAUACAGACAGUACAUGAACAGGAAAGGGGGAUUCAACAGACCACUGGACUUCAUUGCCUGAAUUGUCACAAACAUCCUGCUUUUUUCUGUGUUUGGUUUUAUGUUUCUUUUUGAAGCCGAUUGCUCCUGUUAGACCCGAGGCCCUGGUUUUUCCAGGUGAACACAAAAUGUAAAUAGUUGCUCCUGCAGGCAUUCACAGUUGGUGCUGAUGGAGAAUUAUGUGUUAUCGCUUUACGUCAAGCAUUGUAAUAAUAAAGACCUUUUUAAGGACA